AACUGGCAGAAAAGAAAGCAUAAGAGAAACAUCCCAAGUCGUUCCAUUCCAAUAACAACAAUGGAAGAGGUAAAAAAACAAUACAAAAGCCACGUAAUAGUGAUCCCAUACCCAAGCCAAGGCCACAUAAACCCUCUCCUCCAAUUUGCAAAACGCCUAUCAUCCAAAGGCAUCAAAGCCACCUUCGCCACCACCCCCUACACCCUCUCCUCCAUCUCCGCCCCCUCCAUCUCCCUCGAAUCCAUCUCCGAUGGCUUCGACCACGGCGGCUUCUCUCAAGCACGCAACACCGACGUGUACCUCAAAUCCUUCAAAACCCAUGGCUCCAAAACUCUCUCUCAACUCAUUGAAAAGUACAACUCUUCAAGCACACCCAUUGAUUGUGUCAUCUACGACUCAUUUUUUCCUUGGGCUCUCGAUGUGGCGAAGCAACAUGGCGUGUUUGGAGCCCCGUUUUUCACGAACUCGGUGGCGGUGUGUGCGGUGUUUUGUCGGAUUCAUUUGGGAGUUUUGGGGUUGCCGGUGAUGAGGGAGGAAUUGCCGUUGGUGGUGCCGGGGUUGCCGCCGUUGAGUUUUGAUGAUUUGCCGAGUUUUUUGAAGGCGCCGGAGAGUUAUCCGGCUUACUUGGCGAUGAAACUGAAUCAGUAUUCGAAUUUGGAUGAAGCUGACUGGGUUUUUUGUAACUCCUUUGAAGAAUUGGAAGGCGAGGCGGCAAAAGGUGCAUCAGAGCUCUGGUCGGCAAAGUUGAUCGGUCCAAUGGUGCCAUCGGCUCACUUGGAUGGUCGAAUUGAGGGGGACAAAGGAUACGGAGCUAGUCUAUGGAAGCCACUCAGCGAAGAGUGCACCAAAUGGCUAAAAAUGAAGGCAUACAAGUCGGUAGUCUACGUGUCCUUUGGAAGCAUGGUCUCAUUGACAAAUGAACAAAUGGAAGAGAUAGCAUGGGGUUUGAAAGGCAGCAAUUUGGACUUCAUUUGGGUAGUUAGGGAUUCUGAGCUCAAUAAAUUGCCCUCCAAGUUCGUGGAUUCGACAGCAGAUAAGGGUUUGAUAGUGACAUGGUGUAACCAACUUGACAUGUUGGCUCACCAAAGCAUAGGUUGCUUUGUGACACACUCUGGUUGGAACUCGACUCUGGAAGGGUUGAGCCUUGGAGUGCCAAUGGUUGGGGUACCCAAAUGGGCGGACCAGUUGACCGAUGCUAAGUACAUAGACGAGAUAUGGAAGGUUGGUGUGAGGGCUAAGGAGGAUGAGAAAGGGGUUGUGAGGAGAGAAGAGCUCAUGUCUUGUUUGAAGCAAGUCAUGGAAGGAGAGAGAAGUGUUGAGAUUAGAAAGAAUGUAAGCAAAUGGAAAGGGUUGGCAAAGGAGGCUAUUAGUGAAGGAGGGAGUUCAGAUAAGUGCAUUGAUGAAUUUGUGGAGCAAUUGAAAUAUAGUAGUAAUAACAAAGGAUAGGUCAAAGAUGUCACCAACGGCCAUUGUCACCAAUAAAGCAUAUGAAUUUGUGCA